CAAGGAUUCACUUCCCUGAAGGUGGAGGAGAACGAGUCGGGCUCCAUCAUUCAUUUGAUGAAGGAAGACUCUCUGAUCCAGGUGGACGGGAGCUCCACACACAUCAUCUGUGACAGCGAGGAUGUCAGACUCCGGCUCAGGGACGUCAUGCUCAAGUGUCUCAAGCAACUCUGAUGGAGAUCUGCUUCCCCGCUCAACACACACACGCGUGCCCACACACGCCCACACAGACAUACACACACACACACAUCAUCUGUGACAGCGAGGAUGUCAGACUCCGGCUCAGGCACGUCAUUUAAGUGUCUCAAGCAGCUCUGAUGGAGAUCUGCUUCCCCGCUCAACACACACACACACACAAACAUACACGCACAUCCCUCCCUUCCCCUCUCACAAGGACCUGCUGUUCUAUUGCCGACUAACGAGGAAUAUGCAUCGGGGGCUGUCUGGUUUGACUGUACUGUAUGUAUAGAAGAAGUGCAGUGGGGGAAUGGGAAGUGGUCAUUUGUACAGGUGAUCUGAUUGUCUUGGACAGUUGGCAAUUGAAUUUGAGGUUAGAAGUUCGAUUGUGUAACCCUCCAACUCCUUUAUGCACCACAACAGUCAUAGCAGGUCAUUUCCUGUUGCCGUACUGAGAGAUGUAAUUAUCCAAAGUGACUCCCAACCCAGAUCAUGUUGCACACUAGGUGCAGUUCAAAUUCAAAAUGCGUGGGGGGGGGAGCGCGCCUGUAGGUUACUUUUACCUUGCCAGAAUGAGAGAGAAUGUGUAUGGAUGUGCAAAAUGGCAAAUGAAUGUUCUUGUAAUUUCUAUUGUCACCUUACUCAUUUUCAUUUUGUUAAUAUGAAAUAAAUCACUAUUGUUACCGGAA